ACAAAAAAGUCAUGCAUGCGUUCCGCAAUUGAGUUCUUGGCAUCUGACCGCCAUGCUGAAUCGGCAGUGUCGAGUGUGCGCUUUUUGUCAUGCCUGCAUGCCCGGUAGUUGUAGAGGUGGUCGACGGUACGAAAGACGAUUCCGUGAAAGCAUCCGAAUACAGUUCCCGUGAACAGUGUUAUGAACUCCUAGUGUCACUGCGUGUUGCCCCUUUCUGCAGCGUUCAUUGUGAGAACCACCCAGUGUUUUAAGGUUGAAGACCCCGGUACUCUGGACUUGCUAGAGGGGUGUCCCCGAUUGGAAUGGAGGCGGGUGUGAUUGACGGGGGCGCGAGGUCGCUUUAUCUUAGCAACAAAGCGGUGUCGACCAUCUUAUCUUUCUGGUUCGCGUGUACGAUUCAUUCAUUUCUGUAUUCGUCUUCGCCAGUAAGACUGCUUAGAGCUUUGAGCAGGUUUAAGCAGGGAACCAUGAAGCCAGGUCGAAUCACCGCCACUGCCAGGGACCUGCCGUUUCCUGGCCCACGCGUUUGCGCCCGAAUCCAAUCAAAUCUAUAAUCUUCGGGCAUGUCGAACGACAAGCGGCUUCUGCCCGGCACGCGCAGAAACGAAGGUGCAGGUAACGGCGGAAGGAGCUGUACACACAGCCAGGCUCUUCGACGUGCUCGCUCGCUCUUUUGUAGUUCGGGGCGCUCUGGCGAUUCGCCGGGAAUAUUCCCAGCGUUUCAGAGCUCUCUUCGGGCGGAUGCCUGUGCCUUCCCCUUUGUAGUUUGUCGCCAAAAUGAUGAUGAUUAAGUACAUAUGCUCCAAGCCCACGGGAGGCGGGCCAGCCCCGUUGAUUUUGAACCCUGUCGGCAAGUGGGUCAAGGCGCUGAUCAUGCUGCAUAUUCUCUUGUUCUUCGCCGCGUCCAUCACCUUCGUCUUCCCCUCCGUUGGUGACUUGUUCUGUCCAGAUCUGCUGUUGAACGUCAACUACUGCGCGGCGUGCUCUGUUGUGGCGUUCGCGAUGACGAUUUAUUUCAGUCUGCUCUACUGCCAGAGCUGGGGAACCGAAAGAGAGUGGGCAAGCGCAAGCCUGAUAACGAUGGCUUUGGCUAUUGCCGACAUGUUGGCGGCUGGUUGGGGCAUUGUUCUCCUGGUAGAGUCGUCGGCGAGCAUGACGGAUCAGGAUAGUGAGACUGAGAUGAACUACGCCUGCUCCGACUGGAAAGCCUACCUCUUUUAUUAUGCCACAGCCACUCUCAUUUCCAUCCACGUCAUCAUUGCGCUAUCGUGCGCCGUGGUCUCCAUCAUUCUGGCUCAAGGUGUCGGCACGCAACUCGAGGAAAUUCGAAGAAUUGUCUGACAAUGACCGAUGCGACUCGCACAUCCGUCCGGGGCGAGACGAUGUUCUGGUGCACGGCAACAUCCGUGUGUACACAGAAGGCGUCUUCUAAACUUAUAAAGACUGUACACAGUUCAGUGCUUGUCAAUGAUAUACACAGCGGGAAUUCCCGGCGAUCGACGCCAUACUUUCUCUUCUUCCGGACUGAGUGUGUAGAGUUACACUUCUGAAACUACAGCUUGGAUCUCCGACUCAGUGUUACAUCUACUUGCUCUAGCUUCGCUCUCACCGUGGCUUUCUUUGCCCUGGCCACUGCACUUUGCUCUCCGUCGUCUGCUGAUAAAACCAGGGACCUGGUGCGCCGCUUUUUAGAGUAUGUCCCGGUGAAUCGCGCGUUGACCUGUUGGUGGUUUAGGACAUUGAACUAACUAAAGUGGCAGUAUCGCGCUCUCUUGCUGUUUUUCUUCCCGGCUUUUUCGGAAAAGGGCUAUCCCACCAGAGGGGGCAUAUCCUCUCAGGAUGGACGUCUGUUUCGUGUCCACUGCGGCUUAUUCAUGUCCGAAUUAUAUUAGCACACUCGGUACGAAGUCGAAACAAGGUAGGUGAUGCUGAACCAGUGGGUGGACAAUCCGUUAAAUACGCUGACUCUACUCCCGAUAAACUACACGGUAGCUCCUAUCAAGCCUCUUCUUCCAAAUGGGUUUCGUGGAAAAACGUAAACUUCGCGUGUCGGACACUUAGCCGCCAAUAUACAACCAUCCAAGGUGAAUUUGUCCAUCGCAAGUUCGCGAGUGCUGCUUAAACUGAGGAGUCAAGCAGGUUUUUGUUUCCACCCCCGAAGAUUUUACAUCGCCUUCCUUGGGCAAAGGGAAACUACUGCGCAGAGCCAGAAAGCCGCACGACAGCCACAGCUACCUACGUGCUCGAAACUCUUGCUACUAUUUAAAGACACAAAUGUUUCCGUCUAGGUUGCGUCGGACCAACGCUUAACUCCCCCCGCUUCUUCAAACCGCCAAGUCUGCCCGACUCAAAAGUGGUAAAAAAGACACCGGACGCUACCACAACAGCGGCCCGACAGCCCGGUGGGGAAGCCUAGUUAGCAAACGACGGAACAGACACACCAAGUGCAUCACUCCCGCAGACGCCGGAGUAACUACAGCGCCCACGAAGGAAAACUCUCCUCAGCGGCACCGCCAAACAAUCGGACAGGAAGAAUAAGAAUGAAGCGGCAAAAU